AAUGGGAAGUAGACUUAAGCCAAACCAUAAUUAUGCUGACUGCUAAUUACUGGGAUAGGGUUCCUGACUUUGUGCGUUCCCGUUGUAAAAGAGUGAAUAUUCAAUUAUUAUCCUUUAAAGAACGGAUGGAUAUUUUAAGAAAUAGAAGAGAUGCUUUUGUAAGGGAAUAUUUCCCUAGCAAUAUUGUCGGGAAAGAAGCUAUCAACGGAAUUGAAAUCAAAUACGAUGAAGAUGAAUACAAUAAAAACCACGAACCUAAUACUUUUACCGAGGAACAACAAAAAAUUCGGGAAAGAGUAAAUGAUGACUUUUUAAGAAUGUGCAUUACUGAGGAAUUCGGAAUACGAGGAGGGAUUAUGAAUCUGGUUAGUGCUUUUAAUUUCUUAAUUACUUUUAAAGUGCGGAAAUUAUUAGACAAAAUGCCUUAUUUAGACCAACCAACUGGCAAUAAUUCGCCCUAUAAGAACGGAAAGUGGUUUAACGUCAGUCAAGAGGGAGAAGGAACUCUUAAUUUGAAUUAUGAAGUAAAUGGGAAGAACUAUUUAUUGGCUUUAACUCAAAAGCGGGAUGUAGAAGAAAUUAAAGCAGUUAAAAAAGAAGCCGUGGCAGGAUAUGAAAAAGCAGAAGAAAAAGACACGGACGAAACAAUAGAAUUAAUUGAGAAUUUAUUCAAACCAGAUUAUUUAGAAGUUAAAAUUAAAAUUGGAAUCCAAGCUGAAAUAAAUUAUCAGCCAAAUCCAAAACAAUUUUAUUUAAUGAAAAAAUUUCUCCGAGAAAGAAUAAAAAAAGAAAGGUUAGAUCUAGUGGUUAAUUUUAGAAAACAAAGAAUUAUUACUCCGGAAGAAUACAAUGACACAGAUAUAGAUGAUGAUUUUGACCGCUAUGACUGUGUACUUUUAGAAUGCAAAGUGUGUGGGGUGGAAUACAGCGAAAGUAUGGGACAUGAAUGCAUGGAGCCUGAAAAAGAACCUGAUGAGUUUGAGGAUAAUGAUCCUGAUAGCUACGAAACUAUUUAUUGUGAACCUACUUGCCCGAAUUGUGGCAGAGAUGAAAAUGAGUGCGUCGGAAGAUGCGACGACUCCGAAGAAAUGGAACCCGAACCAAUCGAGGAGGAAUUUGAACCAUCAGCCGACUUUUGCUGA